AUGCGAAUUAGAUAUCAUCAGCAACUACUACCUACUAAUUACCUUUAUACCCACAACACAUCCAGCAUAGAUAAGGCUUGUAAUAAGGCACUAAAGAGCGAUUUCCGGAAACUCAAAUACAAGGGAAAUCAAGUCGUCCGCGACUGGUUGAUUACAGGUAGACCAAACCCUAUUAUACCCAUUAGCACAAUCACGUCUGCUGAUACGGCAAUAAAAUCCACUGGGUACCGUAAUAAACUGGCCGAAAUGGAACGAAUUAUCGGACUUAAGAUAUAA